CGAGCAUCAGCAGCAUCACUGAGACGCUCAGAAGCUCGGAUCGGAUGAAGCGAUGCCAGCCGCUGACAGACCGUCACCGAACCUCCUCCGAGCCGGCGAAUAAACACUCAUCCUCAGCGAACCGCUUCUUCAUCACCAAACCCCUGCGAGGACGCGGAUCCGAUGCUUUGACUUCGCUUCCCAGCGGCUCCUUGAGAUCUGCGGCUUUUCUUCCACAUUCUGAAGAGACUCCUGCGCUUUAAUCUGGAUAUGUUGAAAGGCACGUAAGGAUGGAUGGGAUUAUUAGUGUUUUGGGGGUCCUGACGCUCGUUUUGGAGGGCAUCUCAUGCCAGGGAGUGUAUGCGCCUCCUACUGUCCGGAUCGUGCACUCUGGUCACGCGUGUAACGUGGAGGAGGAGCGUUACUCUGAGAGGGUUUACACCAUCCGAGAGGGAGAGAUGCUCGAGCUCACCUGCCUGGUCACCGGACACCCACGACCACAGAUUCGAUGGACCAAGACAGCAGGCAGCGUGUCGGACCGAUUCCAGGACUCCAGCGUAUUCAACGAAACCCUUCACAUCGCGAAGAUCCAGAGACAUCAGGGCGGACGCUAUUACUGCAAGGCCGAGAACGGACUGGGUUCACCGGCCAUCAAGUCCAUCAGGGUGGACGUCUACUAUCUGGACGAGCCUGUGGUGACGGUUCAUCAGAGUAUCGGUGAAGCUAAAGAGCAGUUCUACUACGAGCGGACGGUGUUUCUGCGCUGCGUCGCUAACUCCAACCCUCCCAUCCGCUACAGCUGGCACCGCGGACGAGACGUUCUCUCACAAGGCUCCGAUAAAGGCGUGGAGAUCUACGAGCCCUUCUUUACCCAGCUCCAGGGGGAAACAAAGAUCUUGAAGCUGAAGAACCUGAGACCCAAGGACUACGCCAACUACAGCUGCAUCGCCUCCGUCAGGAACGUCUGCGGCAUCGCCGACCGCAAAGUCGUCUUCAGACUCACCAAUAAAACCGCUCCGGCCUCCAUCAAGCUGCUGGUGGAGGAUCCGAUCGUGGUGAAUCCGGGCCAGACGGUGUCUCUGGUCUGCAUCACGACCGGAGGAGAGCCGGCUCCGAGCCUGGCCUACCAGCGGCUCGGAUCUCUGCCGGAGAAGAGCCUGAUGAAGGAAGGGGUUCUGACGCUUCCAGCCAUCGCCUCCGAGGACGCCGGCGUCUACAGCUGCAUCGCCAGCAACAACGUGGGAAACCCGGCCAAGAAGUCCACCACCAUCAUCGUACGAGCACUGAAGAAGGGCCGUUUCUGGAUCACUCCGGACCCGUACCACAACGACGACAACAUCCAGAUCGGCCGCGAGGUGAAGAUCUCGUGUCAGGUGGAGGCCACCCCACCCGAGGAGCUGCAGUUCAGCUGGCUGAAGAACGGAAGGGCGCUACGCAGCUCUGAGCGCAUGGUCAUCACGCAGACCGACCCCGACAUCUCACCCGCAACCACCAACCUCGACAUCAUCGACCUCAAGUUCACCGACUUCGGAACCUACACCUGUGUAGCAGCGCUCAGAGGAGGAGCCAUCCCUGAGAUCAGCAUCGACGUCAACAUCUCCUCCACCACUGUUCCUCCGAACCUGACCGUGCCGCGGGGCAAGUCUCCUCUGGCGGCGCGGGAGGGCGAGACGGUGGAGCUGGAGUGCCUUGUUUCAGGGAAACCCAAGCCCAUCAUCCUGUGGUCUCGGGCGGAUAAGGAGGUGCCGAUGCCAGACGGCAGCAUGCAGACGGAGAGCUACGACGGUGUUCUGCGCAUCGUCAACGUGUCGCGCGAGAUGAGCGGUUCCUACCGCUGCCAGACCAGCCAGUUCAACGGCUUCAACGUCAAGCCCAGAGAAGCUGUGAUCGAGCUCAUCGUGCGCUAUCCUCCGGCAGUGGAGCCGGUGUGGCAGGAGGUGCGGCAGGGUUUGGGUCGGCCGGUGUCCAUGAACUGCCGUGUUCUGCGCGCUCAUCCGUCCCGUGUGCUCCGCUACGAGUGGAGGCUGGGCUCGCGGCUGCUGCACGCCGGCACCUUUGAUUCGCGCGACGACACCGACUACAGCGUACGCAGCCUGGCGCGCGAGGGCUACGGCGAGUACACCUGCGACGUCAUCAACGAGGUGGGGCCGGGGCGCUGCACCUUCCUGGUGACCGGGAAAGCGUAUCCUCCGGAGUUUUAUUAUGACACCUAUAAUCCGCUGUGGCAGAACCGGCCGCGUGUUUAUGGCUAUAAGCUGCAGUGGACGCAGAUGAACCCGAGCGCCGUGGACCGGAUCAUGGCGUACCGCCUCGGGAUCCGACAGACGGGGCAGCAGCGCUGGUGGGAGCAGGAGAUCCCCGUGGAGGGAAACAUCCAGAAAGGAGAGCUGAUCACUCAUAAUCUGACGGAGCUCAUCCGACCCGAGGCGUACGUGGUUCGACUGACGCCCAUCACACGCUUCGGAGAGGGAGACUCCUCCACCAGAGUCGUCACAUACAGCACUCCCAUCAAUCCUCGUCUGAGAGAGUUUCAAUGCAGUUUUGAGGAGGAUCUCAUCUGCAUGUUCACUCAGGACAAGAACGACGACUUCGACUGGACGAGACACAGCGCAGCCACACGCGACACCAAAUACACGCCCAACACGGGGCCCAGCGGGGACCGCAGCGGCUCCAAACAGGGUUUCUACAUGUACAUCGAGACGUCCAGACCUCGUAAAGACGGCGACACGGCGCGUCUCCUGAGCCCCACGUUUAAUGUGGCCCCCAAAAACCCCAACAGCAUCACCAGCCCGCCGGCGUACUGCUUCAGCUUCUACUACCACAUGUACGGCAAACACAUCGGCACUCUGAAUGCGUUUGUGAAGCAGAAAGGUCAGUCGACUUCAGAUGCCGGUCCAGUCUGGUCUCUCAGCGGGAACCAAGGGGACCGAUGGAGACAAGCCAAAAUUAGCAUCCAUCCUACUGCCUCCUUCCAGGUGAUAUUCGAGGGCGUCCGCGGCCCCGGGAUCGAGGGGGACAUCGCCAUUGAUGAUGUCACGCUCGAGGAGGGGGAGUGUCCUGACCCUCCGUCCAAUCCGAUCCGAGGAGCGGCUGCACGCGGCGUCUCCAGUAUAUGGCCAUUGAGCGUCACACUGUUUUUUACCGUAUUCAUCGGUCAGAGGUGACGCUCCACGUGAGAAAAGACUCCAGACGCGUCCCUCAAUAUUUAAUCACCAAAGAUUCAUGCUUUCGGAUCGUAGAGGAGGCACAACACCGGAUCCACACAGAAUGAAACGACUACAAACAGAAAAGUAAUAACUAAUGCUUAAACUAAUAAAUAAAUAAACAUUCUCUUCUGAGAUGCUCCAAUGUCUGGAAUCAACCGAGGGUUUGAACGUUGACCUGAAAAGCACAACGAAUACUUCGCAAUCUGGAUUUACCUGCAAGACGAGAGAAACCAUGAAUGAAUAUUGAGUUUUAAACACCAUUCCCCUUCCUUCACAGUUUUUUUUUUCCAUCUUGAGAUGUUCUUUUCUGGUGCUUUGGAGUACAAUCAACAAAAACAUCUCUUGAUUUGUUCUGGGUUUGGUUCGGAUCAGUGCUUUAAAACGCAAAUAAAGCAGAACCUCGUUUCGCUUUAUUCCCCGACUCCAGUAGCAGCCUGAUUUCUCAACACUGUGCUCACGUUCCCAAGCGGAGAACUUUGCGUUUUUUGGCGUCCGUGACGGUGAAAGCCGUGGAUUGUCGUCGUUCCCAGCACCGGUUGAGUGAAAGAGUUUUUGCCAUUAAAAAAAAGAAGUGCCUUCAGGUUAAAAACCGAUCCGUUAGCCUGGCCAUCGACACCAAACGUCCAUGUUUCUAACAUCUCCGAUGGGCUAUUUUAUACUCAUUUCUAUCGCCCCUCAAAUGCUGGAAUGCGCGACUGCGAGCGUCACGUACGGAAAAAUCGCGAACGCACGAUGUUUGGCUGCUGGAGGACGAUAUAUGGACGAAUGUCACGCUCUCCAUCCCCGACUAUCAUGCCUCUGUCAUUUAUAUACCGAACAAUGUGCAUUCUGAGAGAAAAAAUACGAAAUAUUCAUAAUUAUAAUAAUAUUUUAUUACUCUAUCCAGAAUGUGUCUCAGCUUUUACACACGAACUGUGAAAAUCGGUGGCGGUAUCUACCUGAGCGCUCGACCGGCCUCUUUUUAAAAAGAGUGUUGUAAAAAAAAAAAAAAUGUGUUAUGAAAAUGUUUUGACAAGAAGCUGUGUCUCGUUUCUUCUGAUUUACGUUGAAAUGUUCAGACUUUACUGUCUUUAUUUCUCGUCGUCUCCCUUGCAUUGCUGAAAAUAUCAAAAACGGGCAGAAAAACGCCGGUUUGGUAACUGUACAACUUGUAUAUGUAAAGAAGCUCUGUUCAUUGAGAUUUAUAUGAGAUGUUUUAUGUACGAGUCAAAGGAAGCACAACAUUUAGGAUUCAGUCAUUUAUAAACAUCAUAUAUGUGACUGUCCUCCUGCAAAACCGAUGUGAAAAUAAAGUGACACUGGAAGCUGAGUUUCACCAAGAAUUGAAUAAAAAAACAAUUAAAAUGGUCUUCAGCUUUAGAAUAAAUUUGCACAUAAUGGAAAUAUUGCUCAUGCGUAUGGUUAAAAACAAAAUAUGGUUUAAAGUAUUGGGCAGGAAUACAAAAACAUCACAAGCUGAUUAAUGAUAUUCAAAAAGACAUUUAAAGAAAUAGUUCACCUCAAAAUAAAAUGUGCUCACCCCCAGGUCAUCCAAGGCUUUCCUGUAGCUGGAAAAGUAGAGCAUGGCGCUAGCAACGCCAAGAUCAUGGGUUCGAUUCCCAGGGAAAGCAAGAGCUGAUAAAAUGUAAAAACUGUAAUUUGAAUGCAAUGUAAAUCGCUUUGGAGAAAAGUGUCUGCUAAAUGCAUAAAUGUAAAUG